CCCCUGCCGUGUUAUUUCAUUCAUUUAACUUAACACUAUUGUAGAGCCAUCGUUCUCUUCAGUUCCCGCAAUCUCAACACCAGAUUUCCCACAAAUACGCACAUGCACAGACGUCUAUCAUGCCUUACAGCGCAAUCCAACCUAAGCAGAUUCUGAAACGAGCGCCGUCACAGCGUGAGUAUGAGUUCCUGCAAGAAUGGGCUCCUGAGACCCUGAAGAAUCACGAAAUCCCAUCGCAACAGAACACUUUCCAGCCUCAUCAGGCCGCUCCAACCAGCGCACAGGGCAUGUCCAAUCCUAGACAACAGAAACUGCGCACCUCUUCUCUGUAUGAAGACUGGAAAGCCCAGGCUACUUCGCAGGGAGAGAAUGUUCACAAGGAGUGUAAUCCUUCCGUCCAUACACCAACACAGAACAAGAAUCACCAAUCCCAGUCCGCGAGCUUCAAGUCUACAGCAGUCGCUGCCGAAAAGCCACAUGACAACUUGCAGUCAAAGACAAACACGAAGAGCUCUCAGCCAGCAUCUUCCAAGAGCAACACUCUUCAAUCUUACCAUUUCGCCCAGCCUACCGUGAGCGCCAGUAACCGUUUCAACACUGUCCACGCGAGCAACAGAAAGCCAUCCAAGCCAGUCGCUGAUCCCAUCAAGGUCGCCCAGGAACCCCAACAGAAUCCACGUCUCUCGGCUUCGAGCCCUACUGCAUCAGAAGCCACCAGAUCUGUGGAAAGUUGCAAGGGCAAGCCGGCUGAAGUUAGACAGAAACAUGAUCAUGUCGCUUCGCGUCACUCCUCCGCAACCACGGCUUCCAAAUCGCUGGAUAGUGCCCAGUACAAGCCCACCGAGGUGAAGCAGAAACAUCGCUCUGGCUCCUCGGAAUCCGCACCAAUGUCACCCAAGCCUGCGGCAAGUUCCAAAUCUGUUGAUGAAAAUAAGCAGAAGAAAGCUUCCGAUGUCUCGGUACCUAUCACAGUCCAGUCAUCCAAGCCUGUGGAAACUAGUAGAAAGCCCAUCGAAAGCAGACAGAAACCACGAGGUGGAUCAAUCUGCUAUACCGCUCCGAAUGGCACCCGCUUUCCUCGGCACAAUGAUCUUCACAAAUGGUCAAUGGGAGUCAAGAACCAGCACAAUGAUUUAAUAAUUUUCAUGCCAGUGUUUGUCGAGAAUCCGUGGAAAGGCCUGCAGCCUGUUCUAACAACCUGUGAGUUUCGGUUCUGAAGCAACCUGGAGUCUUUUCAUGUUACGUGAAUCACAAAGAUA